CUGUUCAGGACACAGGUUAUCAUUUUCAGAGGUAGACCGUAGACGCUGUAUUGUUUUCACUCUUCAAUCGCAGUAUCAAUCACCGGAAUCACACUAUCACGAUUCUCUUCAGUGUUGCCGGAAUCUCACCGACAAGGUUCUGAAUCGUGGCAGAGGAAGAAGAAUCGGUUUCAUUGAACACACUACACAAAAAUGUUAUCUUUUGGUAGAAAUUGCUUGAAAAUUUGUAGCCACUUCAAAAGAAAUAGCUCAAAUGAAAAUCUAUGUUUAGGGUUUUUUCCUGAGCUAUUUCUUCUCAAUGAUUCAAUUGGGAAAAAUUCAAACAAGAUAAUGCAUUAUCCCUUCCAAACCACUUAUAAUCAUGUUUUGUUUCCACUUAUUAGCUUUAAUUCUCAUUAUUAUUCAACUAGAGCUCCUUCAAGGUCUUACCGAAGAAGAGUUCGAAAUCGGUUUUUGAAAGCAAAUAAGCCUGUUUUAGACCAAGCACAGUUUCAGUUUGCACAGUCUCAGCUUCUCCCGAGGUUCACUCCUGAAGAAUUAUGCAAUGUUAUCGCUGGUCAACGCGAUCCGUUAGUUUGUUUAGAGCUUUUUCAUUGGGCGUCUCACCAGCCGAGGUUUCGGCAUGAUUUGUCGACGUUUCAUGUCACUAUAAAGAAGCUGGGUGAUGCGAAAAUGUAUCAGGAAAUGGAUGAUGUUGUGAACCAGUUGCUCGCGGUUCGUUCUAUUGGUUCGGAAUCGUUGUUUAAUAUGAUAAUUUAUUAUUUCACUGAGGCGCGGAAGUUGACGAAAGCUGUUAAUGUGUUUAAGCACAUGAAGAGUAGUAGGAACCCGAAUUUUAGCUUUAGGCCUUCGAUUAAAACGUAUAAUAUUCUAUUUGGUGCACUUUUGAGCAGAGGGUACAAUACUGAUAUAAACCUUGUGUAUAUGGAGACUAUGAGAUGUUUGUUCAGGCAAAUGGUGAACGAUAUGAUAGAACCUGAUAUUUUUUCGUUAAAUUCUAUGAUAAAAGGUUAUGUGCUUUCUCUUCAUGUUAACGAUGCGUUGAGGAUAUUUCAUCAGAUGGGCGUUGUUUAUGAUUGCGAACCCAAUUCUUUAACUUACGAUUACUUGAUUCAUGGGUUGUGUGCCAAAGGAAGAACAGAGAAUGCCAAGGAAUUGUAUCAUGAAAUGAAGACCAAAGGUUUCACCCCGAAUAGUAAAUCUUAUAAUUCGCUUGUCAGUUCUUUGGCACUCGUCGGAGAGAUCGAGGAUGCAGUAAAUUAUCUAUGGGAGAUGAUUGAAAAGCAGAGAUCAGUUGAUUUUAUUACAUACAGAACUGUACUGGAUGAAAUAUGUAGACGCGGAAAGGUUCAAGAGGCCAUGAGAUUUCUGGAGGAGUUGCAAGAAAAGGACCUCGUAGAUGGACAUACUUACAGGAAGCUUCUUUAUGUGCUUGAAGAUGAUUAUGGGAAUUCAGAAGACAGAAUUGAUUAAGGUCCAGCUUUAGUCUCACCUGGAAAUUCUUGGUAAACUCAGAUGUUGGAAUCCAAAGACAGGGCCCUUGGAUCUAGUAUGGGUCCGUUCUUUCAACUUCAUAGAUACUUUUUGCUUUCAAACCUGAGCAUAGGCGUGUGUAAGCUCGUUGUAAUGAACCUGGACGGUUAUGGUUUGCAGCAGAUCCAUCUUCCUAAAUUGCUGAAGAAGUUACUGUUUCUUGAUCAAUAUAGACAUAUGACCUUGCAAUAGGGUUUUGGUGGCAGCAUAACUCCGGAAUAAUGGUGAAACGGGGAUGUGUAAGAUGUCUCUGCCCUUCAUGGGAAAGGAUUCCAUGCAUUCUUUACUGUGCCAGAUUAGAUUGGCUAUGAACCGUGAUAUAAAUUAUUUAUAUAAUCCUUGAAAGUUGUUGUCUUCUUGGUCAGGAUAUGUAGCACUCUGUUGACACUUUACAUUGAAGACAUGUUUGGGGUCCAAAUUAUUACUAGUGUCAAUGAUCUGUUCGAUGUCUGUGUCAGUGUGAUUGCUUCUAGCCAGGAUGGAGAAUGGACUUGUAGUAAAGUAACAUGGGAAAGUGAAUGAAAUCAUAGGAGUGAACGAACCUACAUAGGGUAGAGUAUGUUGCCACAUACUCAGUAAAGUGACUAUAGAUUGAUUGAGAUUUAACAGAGUUGAUUAGGUGUAGUAACUGACACUUUGGUAAGGAAAACAAAAAUGUCUUAUGUACACUCAGGUUUCCCUACACACGUAACACAAGUUUAUUCACAUAAAAUUGUAGUUAAUACAGUUGAUGUAUUAUUAAUAUUUUUUUUGACAGCCAGUUGAUGUAUUAUUAAUUUAUAUUAUAAUGAAACUUGUGAAAUUUUAACUAAUCAUACAGUUGAAUUCACUAAAACUAGUUUGAAUUAAUCAUUUAUUCAAUUGAAUUAUCCACUUUUUAAAGCGUGAUUAAUUAUAUCAUUUAUGUAGUAAAAUAUGAAUGUCAGAAUAUUAUUAUGGCUAGUGCAAGCACAAAUG